AUGGGUUACCUGGGUCCUAGGGGACCAAAGGGAGACAAAGGACCUCUAGGCACACAGGGGCCAGCAGGGCCCAAGGGACAAAAAGGAGAACCAGGGGUGACCAUUGCUGCUGAUGGAUCUAUUCUGUCUGCACCAAGAGGCCCUCAGGGGCCAAAAGGCCCAAAGGGAGACAGGGGCUUCCCAGGACCUGCUGGACUUAAGGGACCAAAAGGACCUCCUGGUCAAAAGGGAGAGUACGGCUUCCCUGGGCGCCCAGGGCGACCUGGUAUGACUGGGAGAAAAGGUGACAGAGGAGAGUCUGUCAGCAUGCUGGGCCCUCCAGGGCCUCCUGGUCCACCUGGACCACCAGGAAGAAUUCUUGGACUCAGUGGAGAGGCACUGAUCCAAGAAGAUUCAGUGGGAUUGAAAGGAGACAAGGGAGAUGAAGGAACACCUGGUGAGCCAGGAACACCUGGGAGCUAA